AUGAGCGCUUCAACAUACGGUGUGACUCCACCAAUCUCCACAGCAGUGCCAACGCCGUCGGAAAACCGGUUGAAUGACUCAUUGAUCGCCGACUUGAAGGCGCAGGGGUCGUUUGAAACCGAAGAAGGCACGAAGAAGAGAGCCGAAGUGCUAGAGAUCUUGCAGAGCUUGACCCAGGAGUUUGUCUACACGGUGUCACGCCGCAAAAACAUGAGCGAAGGAAUGGCAAAAGAUGCCGGUGGCAAAAUCUUCACGUUUGGAUCGUAUCGUUUGGGCGUGUACGGGCCGGGCUCCGAUAUUGACACCUUGGUGGUGGUGCCGAAACACGUGUCGCGUGAGGACUUUUUCACGGUGUUCAGCGAGUUAUUGAGAAAAAGGCCAGAGUUGGAAGAGAUAGCGCCGGUUCCGGACGCGUACGUUCCGAUCAUUAAGAUCAUCCUCAGCGGCAUCUCCAUCGAUUUGAUCUGCUCGCGAGUGGAUCUUCCGCAGGUCAACGCCACCAUAAACUUGAACGACAACAACUUGUUGCGCAACGUUGACGACAAGGACUUGAGGUCGUUGAACGGUACAAGAGUGACGGACCAGAUCUUAUUGCUUGUGCCUAAGCCAACCGUCUUCAGACACGCGUUGCGCGCUAUCAAGCUCUGGGCGCAGAGGCGCGCCAUCUAUGCGAACGUGUUUGGCUUCCCCGGCGGUGUAGCGUGGGCGAUGCUCGUGGCGCGAAUCUGCCAGUUAUACCCCAACGCGGUUAGUGCGAUCAUUGUGAGCAAGUUCUUUAACAUCUUGGUGCAGUGGAACUGGCCGCAGCCGGUAAUCUUGAAACCCAUUGAGGACGGACCGUUGCAGGUGAGAGUGUGGAAUCCUCGCUUGUACCCGGCCGACAGAUCCCACCGCAUGCCCGUCAUUACGCCGGCCUAUCCAUCCAUGUGCGCCACCCACAACAUCACCGCAUCCACCCAAAAAAUCAUCUUGGAGGAGUUAAAACGAGGGUCCACGGUGAUGAAUGAGAUCUCCAUCGGCCGCAAGCACUGGGCGGACUUGUUUGCGCGCCACGAGUUCUUCCACAAAUACAAGUUCUACUUGACGAUCGUGGCGGCAACCAAGUCCAAUGCCGAAGACCACUUGAAGUGGAGCGGUUUCGUUGAGGCCAAGUUGCGGUUGCUCGUGCAGAAGUUGGAGAUGACCGAGGGCAUCGAGUUGGCCCAUCCGUAUGUCAAGGAGUUCAACAAUUCGUACAAGUGUCUGGGCGACUCGCAGGCGAACCAGUUGUGCGAGACCCACGGCACGUUGCAGGGCGAGGAGUUUGCGAAGCUAAUUCCAGAGAUCAAGACGGACUUGGCGCUGAGCAACGAGCGUACCAACGCCGACCAUGAGGUUCACUUAAUGAAGUUGUAUGUCGGAUUGAGCAUCUCCAUUAGCAAGGACAAGAACGACAAGAAGUUGGACCUCCAGCAGCCGUGCUCUGAGUUCUUCAGCAUCUGCCGCGGCUGGGUGGACUACGAUGACCAGAAGAACUCCAUUCAGAUCAAGCACGUCAAGUUGUACGACCUUCCGAACGACGUCUACAUCGAGGGCGAGGAGCGGCCGUUGAAACAGAACAAGAAACGAAAGAACGAGAAGCGCGAGGCUGGCAAGAAGCACGACAAGCGGCCGAAAUCGAUCUCAUCCAGCUUGGCUGAGUCGACAGGUAUUGAGCACGCCUUGGAUGGUAAGCUUCCUUCCACCAGCGAGAACCAGGCCACCACCUCCGUUCAGUCAUAG